UGGCUGGCCGUGAGUCUGUCAUGCGCAGUGGGGGGUGUUGCCUCGAGCGGUGGUGUCGGCGGGUGCUGCUAACGUGUCACUGACUGAGCUGUGCUCCCUCCCUCCCUCUCUCUCUUUCACUCACACACGCAGUCAUGGAAGACGAGGAGAGACAGAAGAAACUGGAGGCCGGCAAAGCCAAGCUUGCCCAAUUUCGACAACGGAAAGCCCAGGCCAAUCUUCCGGGAAGAAAACAAAAGAAAAAGAAAAAAGUAGCAAGCAAACCAGAGGAGCAAGUGGGAUAUGUCACAACUAAACAUCAGGAACAGGAUGAUAAAAUUAGGGCAGAGAGUGGGCCGCCAGGAGAUGGAGAGUUCAUAAUUAAUAGGAUUUUACGCAGUGGAGAUGUAAUCAAACAGGACCAGACCUAUAUGAUUGAGCCAGAAAGUGAAGUGUCUACCACAGCUGAUGACUAUACGUCAGAGGCAAAUGGUUGUUGUACAGUGCAACAAGAAACUGUAUUUAAAGCAGAAGAUAUGAGGGAAGAGGAUUUUAGCAUAUCAAGAACCUGUUCUGAGCAUGAUGCGCAGCCCUUUCAGACAAGACUUGAAAUAAUGGAGGAAGAUUUAACUGCAAAACAACAAGAGAUUGAAGAGCUGAACAGAGAGCUGGAAGAGCUGAGAGGGGUAUUUGGUAAAGAAGGUUUUCAGCAGCUACAGGAUUUUGAAGCUGCAGUCAAGCAAAGAGAUGGUAUUAUUACUCAGCUUACUGCUAAUCUACAGCAAGCUAGGAAAGAAAAGGAUGAGAUUCUACAAGAAUUUUUGGACUUAACAGAGCAAAGUCAAAAACUACAAAUUCAGUUUCAACAGUUGCAAGCUAGUGAAGCUAUGAGAAGUACGAACCAUGGUACGACAACAGCUGACUUGAUCCAGUCGAAACAGCAGCUCAUCAUGUAUCAAUUGCAGAUUGAUGAGCAGGAACAACAAUUGAAAGCCUUCCAGAAAAUGAAUGAUAAGUGUCAAGAACAAAUUGAAUAUCUACAGAAUCAGCUUCAAGAUUAUGCAGUGACUGACAGUGAAAAGACCGAUAAUACGCUGAAGUUAAAUAGCAAAGACCAACUAAUUGAACAGCUUGAAAAAACAGUUAAAGAACAUGAAAAUACUGCAUUAUUGUUGAAAGAUAAGAUGCUUGCUUCUGAUGAGUUAGUUCAAGACUUAAAUGAACAGAUAGUUCAAAAGAAUCAAGAGACUGAGAACCUGAGAACAGAAUUGACUAGCUCAAAGCAAAGGGAGAGACAGUCAUCAGAUGAAAUAAAACAGUUAAUGGGUACUGUAGAAACACUUCAGAAACGCUGUCACAUGGGCAAUUUGUCUGAAUUAGAAGCAGUACAAAAAAUUGAAAUAGAAAGUCAUCGAAAAAUGGAGCAACUUCAAGCAGAAUUGGAUGAAAUGUAUGGUAAACAGAUUGUGCAGAUGAAGCAAGAAUUGCAGCAACAGCAUACUUUAGAGAUUAGGAGACUCAAUGAGCAGCAUAAGACUGAAAUGGAAACAGCUCUGGGUCAUUCUGUAAAUAACUUAGUCAAUGAGGAACAAAUUGAUAUAUUAAAUGCGGCAAUCAAUGAAUUAAAUGCCAAAUUAAGAGACUCUCAUUUUCAGAGAGAUCAAAUAAGGCAAGAACUAACACAACAGCUGGAAAGAAGUUCUGAAAAAAACAUACAACUACAGAAACAAGUUCAAGAACACUUAGAGGAGCUCAACUUCACAAAAGAUCAAAUUCGGAGAGCCUCAGAAAGCAUUACUGAUCAGAAAUACAAAAUACAGGAAGUAGAAGAACUGAAAGACACAGUUGAACAAUUGAAAGCUCAACUAUUAGCUACUUCAGAGUCUCAUAAGGAGCUGGAAUCUGAGCACGAGGCAGAAAUUACCAAUUAUAAAAUUAAGCUCGACAUGCUGGAGAGGGAAAAAGAUGAAGUUUUGGACAGAAUGGCUGAAUCUCAGGAAGCUGAAUUAGAAAGAGUAAGGACUCAACUUCUUUUUAGUCAUGAAGAAGAGCUAAGCAAACUAAAAGAAGACCUAGAAAGAGAACAUAAAUUAAAUAUUCGUAAUCUUCAAGAAGAUUUGGCCAUGAAACAGAGUCAGCAAUUAGAAAACUUGCAAACAGAAUUUAGAAAAGAAAUAGAAGAAAUGAAAUGUGAAAGGGAUAAUUUUGUAAUUAAAAAUAAUCAACUAUUAUCUGAGAUUGCUUUAUUGAAAGAGGAACCGCAGACGUCAGUUAAAAAUGAUAAACUGGAAGAAAUGCAUUUACGGAUACUUGAACUUGAAACAGAAGUUGAAGCACUAAGAGAAGUUGAGAAAGAAAAGAGUGCACUAGAAAAGGGAAUAUUAGAGCUACAAAUCAGGAAUAAGGUUUUGGAGGAACAGUUUACUGAGCAAGAAGCUGUGCAGAUGAAAAUCACUGGUCUUCAAAAUGAAAAUGAAGGUCUUCAACAAACCAAAAAACAAUUAGAAGAGAAGCUGAAAAUGCAUUUUGUAUCUGAAGAAAAUAAGUUAGCAUCAGUUAGUGAAGAUGAGCUUUCAGAAAUGAAAGAACAAAUCAAAAGGCUUACAAUUGUUAAUGGACAACUUGAAGACCGUGAGAAAGAACUUCUUGAGGAGGUUGAGAGACAAAGGAACACCUUUUCUUUCGCUGAGAAAAAUUUUGAAGUUAACUUCCAAGAAUUACGUGAUGAAUAUGAUUGUCUAUUGAAAAUGAAGUCACUCACAGAAGAAAAGAUGAUUAAGCAAGAAGUCGAAUAUGAAGCUAAAUUAAAGAUCUUAAGCAAACAGCUCCAGCUGUUAAAGUCAGACACUGAAAACUGCACAAUGAAAAAUGAAGUGCAGCUAGACAAAACACCUGACAGUUCCAGUACCCAACCUAUAGAAGUUAUUGAAAAAGAUGCAACUGAACUUAUGGAAAAACUUGAGAUAGCUCAACAGCAUAAGGAUGAGCUCUCGAAGAGACUGACCGAUCUAUCAGAGGUUUUGAUUUUGAGACAGAAUGAAAUUUUACAUUUGAAAGAGGAACUAAAAUUUCUAAAAGAGCAGGCCAAAGAAAAGUGUGAGGAAACUGCCAGAAUUGAAAGUCAGGAAGUACCAGAUGUUGAAGAGGAGUCUCAAGAACACAAACAAAUGUCCCAAACAAAUUUAAUCAAAGCAAAGAAUGAGAGUCAGUCUGAACAAUCAUCUUUUAUUGUUUCUUGCGAUUUAAAAGAACAUGAGCAGCAGGAAGAAAAUCUAAUGGAACAACUAAUUUUGCUACAAAAUUCGAUGAAGAUCAUUGUUUCAGAAAGAGAUGAGAUGCAACAAAAUCAGAUUAACUUUAGUCAAGAAAAAGAGUCUUUACUAACCCAAAUUAAACACCUACAAGAGAAACUAGCAUCUGAAUCCUUAGGCAGUCUGCAGACUGAAAUAGACCAUCUCAGGCAUCAGCUGGAGUCUACUCGAAAUGAGCAGUUGGGAUUGGCUGAACUUGUACAGCAGAAAAUGUUGCUCGAAGAAGCCUUUCACAAAGAAAGAGAGGAAAUGAAACAUGCUCUAAUUAUAACUCAGCAGGAGAAGUUGGAAUUGGAGAAGAAGAUUGAAGCACAAAUUGGAGUUUCUGUUUGUGAACAACACACUGAAUUGGAGGAAAAUCAGGCAAAAGAGACAGUACACAAAGGAUAUGAGAAUGCUGUCGCAGUUCAGGGAUGUACUGCAUCUGAUCAAGAUUACAUGACACAACUGGAACAAACUAAGCUGCAGGCAGAGGCUGAGUUAAAGCUUCAGUUGGAGGCGCAGCGCAUUAGUCUUACACAGAUUUAUGCUGCUCAACUGGAGCUUGUCCAGGACAGUUUGAAAAAUGAAAAAGAGAUUGCUCUUGAAAGACUUGGAGAGAAGCUCACAGCCUCACAUACUUCAGAAAUAAGGCAGCUUCAAGCGCAAUCCCAGCUGGAAUUACAGCGCUUCAAAGAAUCGCACAAAGACUUUGAAGAAUCUUCUCAAGCCUUGAUAGAGAAGCUCAACAAGAAGAUUUCAAAUGAAUGCACGCAACUCACCCAGUUACUUACCAGUCUGCUGAGCGAAGGUAAUUUGAAAGAAAAAAAAGAACAUCACGAUCAGCCUGAGGAAGGUUUAAUUUUAGGAAAUAAAGACAAUAUUGAUGAGGGAACCCAAGUGCACAAGGAUCUCACGGAAGGAGCAAGAGCACUGCAAACAAAUCUACAGAUGCUGCAAAGAGAACUACAUGAGGAGUACAAUCAACUGAGAGUUCUUCAAACUCAAUUAACUAAUGAUUUCAAAAAGAUUGAAGACCUCCAGUCUGCUUACGUAAAUUUGCAAUUGCAAAGCCAAGAAGAAAAUGCUAGUUUACGAAUGCAGAUAGAAAGUUCACGUGCUAGUUCUCAAGACCUUAAUGAUCUUAAGGAGCAGUUGCGGGUCCGGUCAGCUCGGCUUGAAGAGAUUGAAAAGAUAAAGCUGGAAUUUUGCCAACAGAAAGCUGAGUUGGAGAACCAGCAUGUAGACGAACUAAAUGAUCUGAGGACUUCUCAUGAACAACAAUGCAAAGAAAUGGAGAAGAAGUACAUUGCAGAGAUUUUCUCUCUGCAGGAAAAACUACAGAAUUUAACUAGUUUACUUUCUCAGUGCAGGUCAGAAGUAAUUGCCCAUGAUAAUCAAGUGGCUGAAGGUUGUAUUGCUGAUCUUGACCAAGAUAAAGUAGCAGCAUUUAAGGAUGAGGAAAAGUUUGGGGUCACUCAAAGGAACAUGAAACAGCUUGAUCUUUCACAACAGCUGCAAUGUUUGGGAAAAAAUGUGUGUGCCAUGAAUAAAGAGGAAAGUUCUGAUAUGAAGGAACAACACAAUCACAAAUUGGAGCACGUGGAAACUGAAAUAAGAACACAGUAUAAUCAAGGAGUGGGAAUAUUUGGAGAGGAGUCAAUUCAAUAUGCUGGAGGAGAUCCUACUUUCAGGGUCCUGAAUGAAGUUAUUCUAACAGAUGUAUUGCAAGAGAAUGAAGAACAAAAGAGUGAAUCUCAUCAAGUUAUACAUCUUCAAAAGGAACAGUACGAAAAACGCAUGCAGGAAGAAAUAGCUAAGGUGAUCGUACACAUGUCUGUACAGUUUGCUCAGCAGACAGAGAUGGCCAAGAUGACAAGGAACCUUCAAGAAGAUCCUAAUCCAUGUAAAAUAAGUGAAGAAUUAGAGAAGGAAGUGGAGCAGAGGUUGAGUACUCUGAAACAAGAUCUCCAGAUUCAAUUUGAUGCAGACAGAAAAAGAUUAGAAAAUCUGUUUUCAGAAGAAAAAGAGAAACUUCAGAAUUCCUUGAAACAAAAGGAAGCUGAAAUUCAAGCUCUUCAAAGGCAAUUGGAGAAUUACAAGACAGAAUAUAAAUUUGAAAAUGUUGGUAUAGUUACGGAUGUGGCUUUGCACGAAGAGGUUUUGAAAGCUAACCAGCAAUUGUACAAACAUUCUUAUGUUCAAGAUCAUUCAAGUCUGAAUUUGAAGGAACUUAGCAGUGAGUGUAAAGUAGAAGAUACUGAAUUAACGAUGCAUGAAGUCGCACAGGAGAGUUUAGAGGACUUAAGGCAGGAGCUUGUUCGACAAGAUCAGGAACAUCAGCAAUCAGUAGAAGCUUUACGACAAUUUCAUGCACUACAGCUAGAACGACUGCAUGAUGAACAAGAGCAAUUGUUGGCUGAGGUGGAAAAACUGAAGAAGCAACUUGCAGAGAAUGGUUCUAUUUAUAAUGAGAAACUGACAUUAGAAAAUGAAAGAAUGUUUGCAGAAUUGGAAAAGCUUAAAAGUCUUAAUGCAACUGGAAAGGAAAGGCACUCACAGGGAAUCCACAACAGUACACAGACAGAGAUGAGCAAAACAGAAGACCAGCAUAAAUCCAAAGAACAUCCUCACGAUCCAAAGAGCAUAUCAACAAGUGAAGAAAAAUCCGAAGACGAUGAUGAAAAUGCCAUCACAAAACAAAGAAAUAGUUUAAAAAAGACCAAUGAGAGACUGUUGAAAGUGUUGUCAGAAGUGGUUAAGACUACGGCAGCUGCAGAAGAAACCAUAAGUAGGCAUGUUUCCGCUUUUGUGGAGAGAUCCAUUAGGGGACAGCCUUCUUUGGGAACACCUUCAUGGGAUCAAGACACACAAGAAUCUAUUGAAGCACUGCAGUCUUUCAGAUUACAGAACCUUGGAACUGUAGAAGAAGAGCAGUUACAUUCCUAUCAUGGACAUGACACAGCAGGGGAUGAUAGUAGUAUCUGGCCAGGAGGAAUGGCUGGAGCUCCAGAUGGAGGGCUGGAGCUGUCUCACCAUUUCACAGAAAGCAUUUUCAGCAGUGGAGAACUGGAUCCUGAGACUGAAGAGCUUGUACUAAAUGUGGGCGCUCGUCUGCAAGCUGCUUUGGAAAAGUUGCUGGAAGCUAUCAGUGAAACUACCCAUCAGCUUGAACAUGCCAGAAUCACUCAGACUGAGCUCGUGCGAAAAUCUGUCAGAAAGAAAACUGAGAUCGAUGAUUUACGUAAACGCCAAGAAGAACUACUUGAGAGAAUUAAUGAAGAGCUGAAGGCAAGGGAGCAGCUUGCAUUGGAACUUCAUAAAGCAGAAGGUAUCAUUGAUGGUUACACAGAGGAGAAAGCUAGCCUGGAAAAGCAAAUUCAGGAGAAAACUGAGAUCCAGAAUCAGAUCGCACAGGAACUCCAACAUACAAGUAGUCGUCUGCAUGAGCUAGAAGAGGAGCGGCAACAGGUUCAUCAAGAGAAGGAAUUAAUCAUAAGACAACAGGUUGCAAUGAAAGAAAAUGCAGGAACUGUGGAGCUCCGCCUAGUUGAAGCUGCAGAUGCAGCACCAGAAGCAGAUCUAUUGGAAGAGACGGAAAAACUUAUGAAGGAAAAACAGGAAGUGCAGCGCCAGGCAGAGAAAGAACAAAAUGACUUGACCAAACAAGUGAAAAUGUUGGAAAGUGAAUUAGAGGAGCAGAUGAACAGAAUGAUAGAAAUAGAACAGGAAAAGAAUGCUGAGAUUCUGGACCUCCAGCAGCAAAUUGUGGCCCUGGAAAAACAACUGGAGAAAAACAGAAAAUUUUUGGAUGAGCAGGCAAUAGAUCGUGAGCAGGAGAGAGAUGUGUUUCAGCAAGAGAUAUUUAAAUUAGAGCAACAACUGAAAACUCCACAGAGAAUCCAGCCUAUCAAUGAUCAAAGAAAUAGAGAGAUGGAAAAUCUUGCAGAUCAGUUGAAAGACAAGACUGACCGAUGCAGUGAACUUCUGCUUGCCAAGGAACAACUUCAGAGAGAUGUACAAGAACGGAAUGAAGAAAUUGAAAAAAUGGAAAACCGAGUUAGAGAAUUGGAACAUGCAUUGAUCAGUACCACUUAUCCUUUGCAAACGAAUGAAGAAAGAAAAUUGCACGUUGCCUUAGAAAUCCAAGGAGACAACACACUUCAGAUACAGCUGCAAGCAGAACGUGAUGCUUUAGAGCGAAAGGAGAAGGAGAUAGCAAACCUAGAAGAACAAUUGGAGCAGUUUAGGGAAGAGCUAUUAAAUAAGAAUGAAGAAGUUCAGCAGUUGCUUAUGCAGUUAGAAAUUCAGAAGAAAGAAGCUGCCACCCAGUUGCAAGAGAUUCAGCACGAAAACAAGCGACUUGAGGAUGAAGUAGACAGCUUGCAUUCAUCAGGCAAUCAUUGCUCAUCUGUUGGGAAUUUGUCUCAAACCCUAAAGGAAAGAGAUCAAGAAUUAGAAAAACUCAGUGAACAAAUUAUAAAGUUGGAACAGCAGCUUGAACUCCCUUCUGACAAUAAGAUGACUCAGAAAAAGAACGAACAUAUGAAAGAACUGGAAGCCCAAAUAGAAUUCCUAAAAUGUGAUCAACAGCGCCUAAAAAAGUAUCAUGAGGAAGAGGUUGAACAGUUAAAUGAAGUAAUAGAAAAGUUGCAGUUGGAACUGACAAAUGUAACACCAUUGGAAUUAGUUCCUUCUGAAGAUGCAGAAAAUUUGAAACUUCAGCUUGACAAGGUGAUGGAAGAAAAAGAGCUGCUGCAGCAACAAAUAGAUAAGCUAAAUGAAGAGUUAAUAUUUACACAGCAGAAACUAGAACAAAACAGAAUGUUGCAAUCUCAGGGCUUAGAAUUGAUAAAAAUCCAAGCAGAGAAAAAAGAUACUUUUCUAGAAUGCGUUCAAGAUUCCAUCAGUAGUGUGGAAUUCCGAAUUCAGGAAUUGCAAGCAACCAUUGAAAAGAAAGAGAAAGAGUUGGAUUCAUGUUACCUUCAAAUACAAAGCCUAAAGGAUCAAGCCCAAACUAAAACUAAAGAACAUGAAAACCAAAUACUCACUCUGGAAGAGGCUGUAAGGGAAAAAGUAGCAACAAUUCUAGUGAGCGAAGCACAGUUAAAGGCAGUGCAACAGCAAAUAAGGAUAUGUGUUGAACAACGAAGGGGUCAAAUUAAAGAAACAGAUACUACUUCAAUUGGAAUGGAGGCAUCACCUUUGGAGCAUCUAGAGGAAGGAGAAAAAACACAGAUGUGGCCAGUAGACUCCAAAGAUACCAAUCAAAUAAUUCCAGAGCAACAAGGCAUGAUAAAUAUUGAACACCAAACAGAAGAAUUAAUCAAGUUAAGAGAGCAGUUAACUGAGGUGCAACAGCAGUUAAUUGAUCUCCAAAAAGAACUUGAAAUGGAAAGGAAAGUGCUUUCAAUUACUCGAAAAGAAGCCACAGAAAAAGAAGAGAAAUUAAUUGAGUUGCAUCAAAUGAUGGAAGAGAAGAAAGAACAAACAAAAGAACAAGAUAGUGGAAGACAGAUUUCAACAUCAUUAAUUGCUGAUCAAGAGCAAGUUUCACGUUUAAUAAAUCCUGUUCAACAAGGUGCCACCUCAAUAAUUGCCCUGACUUUGGAACUGGAACAAGUUAAAGCUGAAGCUGAAGAAACUAAAGAACAAUUAAACAACUACAGAAACCAGACUGAGAAACUCAAAGAAGAUUUGCAGGCAAAAGCAUUAACUAUAAUAAAUCUUCAGGAAAACUUCAACAUUGCAAAGGAAGCCUUAGGCAAAGAGAAAGGCAUCAGUUUGGAACAUGAAGAACAAACUCCUCAAAAAUGCAUUAUCAAAGAAAGACCAGUAAAAAGCCUGGUAGACUCUGCAGUCCAAAGCAAAAUACUGAUUUCUGAUAUUACUGGAGCAACAUCAACCACAAAUGUAGAAGACCAAACUAAUUGUAAAUCAUAUAUUAGUUCUUCAGAGGAAAUUACAAAAGCUUAUCUUGGUCAACCAGAACCAUCAAUCACAUUACAACUCAGGGAUAACAAUGUCAGUGAUAGUAGCUCUGGGAGCCCAAGAACUUUUGAUAUUCCUCCUGAUGGACAGGAAUAUAGAAACAUGUCUGCAGAAAAUAGGGUGAACCACGUGUCCCACACAGUUCAUACAACACGUAGGGAAGAUACAGAGAAUCUUCCUGAUAAAAUAAAGUCUUUACUUCAUGAGGUACAUCAAGAGGGUAUACAGGUAUUGACCCUUUCAAAAUCCCCCUACUUUGAAGGGCAACAACCACCUCUGGAAAGUCACACAGACAGUUGGUUUCAGGAAAGAUGGGAACUUUUGAAUAUGGUACAAUCACUGAAAGAUGUACUUGCCAAUGUUCAGGGCACUGGAGAAACUAAGGCUUUAUCUCCUGAAAACAUCACAGACUGGCGGCGUGAACUUCUCCAAGCUGUUCAAAAUGUUUUUAAUAAAGAACGUGAUAUUUUAAUGGUUGCUCUUCGUGCACAAGCUUCAUCAUUGAAUAGUAUGGAUGCGAUGGCAUUAUUAAGCUUACUAAAAGAACAGGAAGCACAGAGGAGUGCUGAUAUGGAGCAUCUAAUGACUGCAGAUAGGGAUAGUAUGAUGAUGGAGAUACGUGAACUGUGGUCAUAUCUGCAAAGGUCCCAACAGGGUGACAAGAUGCCAAUGACUGUGGAAGAACAAAUUGCACAAAGAAGCGAAGUGGAACUACUAGGAAGCAGUUUACAACAAAAGGAGACUCAAUUUCUCAAGUUACAGACGGAAUUGAAUACAGUAAAGGAAAAAGGAGCUGAACUCCAAGACCAACUGAAUUUGGAGAAAAUAAUCGUGGCAGAGAUGAAAAAUGAGCUUUCUCAAACUAAAUUGGAGCUUGAAACGACACUUAAGACACAACAUAAGCACUUGAAAGAUUUAGAGAUGCUAAGAGUUGAGUUAACUGACAAGGCAGCUGAAGUAGACAUGCUGAGUGAUGUGUUGGCACGUGAACAGAAGAAAGCACGGGAACUACAGUGGGCAUUGGAAAAAGAGCAGUGUAAGACAAAUAGAAAAGAAGAACAAGACCGAGAAGAAUUGGAGGACCUGAAAUUUGCACUUGAGGAUCAAAAGAAAAAAUAUUUGCACUUGGAAUGUACUUUGGAAAAUGAAAGGGUGACAAUAAAUGACCUUAGACAGAAUCUAGAUUCUGAGAAAGCCCUACAUGAAACUGAAUUAUCCCAUGAGAAAAGUCGCGUCAGUGAGCUCCAAGUUGCCUUAGAUGCUGAAAAAAGUAGAUCUUGUGAAUUAAGCAGUGCACUAGAACGAGAACGGCGGAUCUUGAAGCUGCUUCCUCAGGCAAAGGAGAAGCAGGAAGGAAUGGUGAAGACAGCUGAGAUGACAUCUGAAAUGCUAAUAGGGGAGCUGCAAAGACAACUAGAAGAUCAACAUAAUCGUAUAGUAGAGUUGGUGAGUGAGAUGGAAAGCUACAAACUUGAGUCAGUUCAAUUGAGGCAACACCUUGAGGAACAGCAGCAGAUUAAUAGGAAGUCCCUGUUAAAGGAGCAAGAAUCGCAUAAACAUAUCCUGGAAAAAGUAGAUUCCUUGCAGCUACAAGCAAAAGAACUCAUGGACCAGUUGGAAAAAGAAAAACAUGAAGUUUUAAAGUUGCAAAGAGAGAAAGAAAAAUUGAAAGAAACUGUUCAGGCAUUACAGGAAAUGAAACAAGUGAGAACCGGAGAGGCAGAAAAUCAAUUGGACACAGAUGUAGCUGUCACUGACAAGAUCCCUCAAGCAAAGUUGCAGAAUACUUGCAACAUUGGGCUUUCAACUGAUAGAACAAGAAACUGGAUUAUGCACCAAAAGUUGGCAGCAACAGAGAAUGGAAAGGAUGCCUCAGUUUAUAGCGAGCAAUGGUAUACUGAAUCAGUGAAUGGUACUGAAAUUGAUGGAGGAGGCAGCGCAUCUGGAGAAAAUAUUAACAUGGAACGCAUCAGACAGAAGAUGCAGCUGAUUAUUUCCAAACUUAGAAUGUUGGCCAACAAAGUUAUUACUAGUAGAAUGCAGCACAGCAGUGAAACCACAGAUGAUGAAGACCUGACCUGGUUACAGAAUAACAUUCAGGACAUUGCAUUGCAGUUGCAAAUCCCUGUUCCAGAGAAUCUCAUUCCCUCUAGUGGAUCAACUGCUGCUCUCACAGAGCGACUUUUGAAGCAAAAUACCGACUUGACCAGCUUUGUCAGCAGACUCACAGAAGAAAAGAAUGACCUGCACAAUAGUCUACUGAAAUUACAGGAAGAAGUUCGAAAAUACCGUCAACGAAAUUCUAGUGAUCAGUUAUCAAGAAGGCCAGUGGAUAAUCAAGACUGUGUUGAUGCCCUAAUAAAAUCAGAAAGAAUAGUUUGGGCUAGAGAAAAAUCUAACCUGCAGAAGGCCUUAAAGCUGGCAGAGGCAGAACUAUCUAAAAUGAAGGCUGAAGCCAGAAGUGAAUCUUUACACACACAGUUGCUUGGAUCAAUUUCUGAAACUGUUGCUGUAAAGAGAAUUUAUGGAAAGUAUCUGCGGGCAGAAGGGUUCCGAAAAGCUCUCAUUUAUCAAAAGAAAUACUUGCUACUCCUACUUGGUGGAUUUCAAGAAUGUGAGCAAGCAACGCUUUCAUUUAUAGCCCGAAUGGGAGGUCACCCAUCUUGUACUGAUUUACAGACUAUUACCCGUCGUUCCAGAGGUUUUACCAGAUUCCGCUCAGUGGUUAGGGUUUCCAUAGCAAUCUCAAGGUUGCGAUUCUUGGUCCGUAGAUGGUUACGAGUUGCUGGGUCAAGCAGUUUGACUGGUAAUCGGAAUGGUGACAGUCAGGUGUCAGCUACUGAACCAAGAGCAGAUUCUCCUUUCCUCCAUUCUGGGAGCAUAUCUUUGGAAUCAAGUCUAACAAGAGAGUUGUUUGGAGAGCAUAGACACAGCACAAGUAGGCAAAGGUCUGGUCAAGAGUCUCCGAGAUCAAUCACAAAUUCUCAACCCAGGUAUCAAUCAAGCCUACCUGAUUCUAAUCCAAGUUCUUUGGCAUCCUCACACCUGCAAAGUUAUGACCCUGACAGAGCUUUAACUGAUUAUAUUAAUAGAUUAGAAGCAUUGCAGAGACGACUGGGAAGUGUGCAAUCAGGUUCAACAACUUAUGCUCAGAUGUACUAUGGAACCAGAAGAUAGUGUCCUGGAAAUAGAUCUUGACUUGAAACUGAAUUGCUUUUGAAGCUGGGCUUUGUUUUUCUAUUUUAUGUAUAUUAUGGGACCAUCAUGGAUUUAAUAAUGAAAAUGUCUUGCCUGCAAGUCCAAAUGAAAUAAUUUAAAUGAGUUUUAUCCUUUAUAUAAGUUUAACCUUCCAGUGUGCACAAUACAAUCUGUCUAAAUAAUUUGUGUAUAUUUGUGGAAUGCUAAUUUAAAAAUGAUUAUAACUUAAUACUGUUUAUUUAAAGGGUGAAAGGAAAAAUGUUUAUUAAAUGGUUUCAGGUGCACUGCAGUCCCUCUAAUGACUGCUGAGCUUUACACUACAUGAUCCAUAAUUAACUAUGGCAUUGUGGACAGUACACAGUUUGUAGAGGAAUUAUUUUUGUAAUGGUAGAAGUUUUGAAUUAUAUGGGCAUUUUGUCAAAGUACUAAAAUAAAUAUGAAUUCAGAAUUUUGAAACUUGCCAUUUUCUCUGCGAAGUACAUGUAUGAAGAUAAAGUUGAAACUCUCUAAAUGGGCUAACUCCUUAAGACUUGCUCUUUCAAGAACUACAGGGACAUUUUUAUGUAAUUGUAUAGUCUGUUCUUGCAAACUGGAAUUUGAUAUUUUGAUACAUUAGACCCAGAAAUUGGAUUCAAUAUGUUCCAAUAUUCUAAUCUCUUGUAGCAGUGGCAAUCUUUCAACAUGAAAUGUGAAAAUGCGGUGUAUUCUGAUUCAGGUCACUCUUUUCCACAAAUAACCAUGUAUAGCUUGUACCUUCAGAGAUGUAGUCCAAAUAAUUUGAUUCUUGAGGGAUGUAGAUAACAGCUGAUAAUACUUCAAACAUGAUACCUGAAAUUUUUCUUAAUUCAGAUUAAUUUAAUGGAAACUCCAGCAAAAACGUCUAACAUUGCAUUGUGUCUAAUCCAACACAGACAAGUAGAAUUUAAUAAACUAUAUCAUCAGUCACUUCAGAAUUGAAGUCAUAGUUCCAGAAUAUUUAUUAAACAAUUUCAAUAUGUAGCCUCAAAAUAGUCAAUACUGCCUUUAACUACUUAUGUCCAACCUAUUGGUCCAACGACUUUUUAAAAAUUUAGUCUUGCUCUUUUCUAAAAAACCUUCAUUGCACUAAAAGAUCUACUCAGGAAAUGAAUUAGUUGUACUAAAAUUUGUCAAGUUUGUACAAAUAUCCUGUAGUACUGGAAGUUAAAUAAAUAACCUACCACCAUAUAAAUUACUUGGGGCUUUCAGCAUUUCAAACAUCAAAUCAACUUUCCUGGUGGCUCACCUGAUUCAAGGCUGAGUAAUGCAGAUGAGUAAGUCCCAGCUUUUAUUCCACUUUCUGAGCAGACACUGGGACCUUGACUAAGAUUUUAGUCAAUUAAAUUCUUUAAGUAUAUCUUCAUGACUAACAGGUCUUUGCUCAACUCUGUCAACUGUAUCAAUUGGAUUUCUAAAGUUGGAGCAAUUAAAAUUGUGUGUGCACGCCCAUUUUUCAAAUGAGAUUUAAAUGAGCAUGGUCAAACACUACCAGUAUUUUCCACUACUUCAUUAGCCUUAUUGAUGAUUAGUUAUCUGAUGUUGGGUUAACUGAAGUGUUUCAGUGAAUGUUCAAGAAUCCUGCUGAAUUCUUACUAAUGAGCAGCACUCUGUGGCUGUGAAUUUAAACCAAGAUAUCAUCCACUUAUUUAGAUGUCAAUAAAUGGCCCAUGUCAUUGUUCCAAAGAGAAUAAAAAUGUUUCCUGUUACCCUGGCUAAUGUUUGUUCAUUAAUGCCGCCAAAGUUUGCCUGUUAAGUUACUGAACUACAAAAGUAAUGUUUCGAAAUAGCAUCUUUGUAUUGUAUGCUAGUUUCAUGUCUCCUGUAACAAUGCAUGUUGCUUUACAUUUAUUAACAUUAAACUUUGUUAUUCCUUAAUUUAUCUA